AUGCGCGGGCGGAAGAAGAGCCAGCGAUCCACACAACUCAUCGCCCAGGCGCCGGAGACGCCCGCGGGCCCCAUGCGCGCAACGUCGCUGGUCAUGCCCGGGCUCGGGUGCGCGGCGGACGUGCUGCGCGAGCUGCGGGCGGUGCUGGUGCGUCCUGCGGUGCGGGACAACCUGCGGUCGCUGAGCUUGGUGGGGAUCGCAAGGGACACGGCCGCGGAGCUGCACGGGAGCCUGCGGGAGAUGCCGGCGCUGCGCGCGCUCGCGGUGCGCGGGGAGGAAAGCCACCAGUACAGCAGGAUCAGCCCCAUCAGGUGCAGCCAGGCGCUGUGCGCGCUGAUGUGCGAGUGCACGUCGCUCGAGCGGAUCGAUCUUUGCAAACUGGAGUUCGGCGCCGACACCACGGACGCGGUGCUGGACUGGCUGGCAGGAGCGGAGCAGCUGCGCCACCUGCGUCUGGACGGCUGCGACGGAGCACUAGUGCAACUUAAGCGUCGGUUCGCGUCGCACAACCCGCUGCGGCGUCUGAGGGUGUUCGACGCCGCGGUUCCGGCGACCGUCAUGGAGCCGGAAUACCGCUGUGCUCCUCAGCUCAUGAACUGUGCGUGGAAGGGCAUCCCAGACUUGGAGCAGCUGUCGCUGCAGCACUACGACUUCAACGACUCCCAGAGAGAGAACGAGGCGGUUGCGCAGCUGCUGCGGACCACGACCAGGCUGCGGCGGCUGGACGUGGGAGCGGACUUCAUCAACGACGGCAGUUGGGUGCCGGAGCCAAUCGCGCGUGGGCUGUCGACGAUCCUCGCUGCGCUGGGUGACAACAAGACGGUCGAGGUGGCGCACUUCCGGAUCUCAUGGUACCUGGUGCGCGACCCGACCGCCAUGAAGGCGUUCGCGGCGGCUCUGCGCAGCAACACGACCUUGAAGGAGCUGCAGAUCAGGGCGCUUAUAUAUGAGGUCCCUGAUUCAGACGAGGGAGAGGGGGUGAACGAGAUGCUUGACGAGGACCCGGACCGCUGCCAGGCAGCCACGCAGGACUUCUUCGCGGCUCUGGGCGACAGCACGUCGCUCGAGACCGUGGUAUUACCGAGGGAUAUCCUGAGUGGGCUGCGGACCAACAACGCAGCUUCGUCGGACGCACCGGAGGCAGCAGUCGGUGCCGGCAUCGCACGCAGCCGCACGCUGCGGCGCCUGGAGCUCGCGGCGUGGGACCUGUCGCGCAAGGGCGUGUGGAAGCUUGCGCGCGGGCUCGCUCACGUCAAGAGUCUGCGGUCGCUGGCGAUUUGCCUGGGCAGAGAGGAGGCCAAGCAGGUGGCCGCGCUGGACGGGCUGUGGAAGAACAAGGUUGACGACGACCCGGACCGCUGCAGGGCGGCUACGCAAAGCUUCUUGGUGGCUCUGGGCGACAGCACGUCGCUCGAGACCGUGGUUUUACCGACGAUGAUCACGAUGAACCUGGGAGACGGCGAUGCCGACGACGUGGCGGUGUCGGACGCGGCGGCUGCGGUGGUCGGUGCCGGCAUCGCACGCAGCCGCACGCUGCGGCGCCUGGAGCUCGGGGCCUCGCACCUAUCGCGCAAGGGCGUGUGGCACCUCGCGCGAGGGCUCGCCCACAUCACGAGUCUGCGGUCGCUCGACAUUCGUCUUGGCAACGAGGACCAGGUCUUGGCCCUGCUGGACGGCAUGUGGACGAACAAGGCGUGCAGGAGCCAGCUCGCACACCUGACUGUCGUGGACGGGCGAGAGACGUCGGGGUCGAGGGUCGCGGAGAAGCUCGCGGGGGUGCUGGUGCUCGAGCAGUGCACGCUCCAGAAGCUCGAGAUUGCAUUGGACUUGCAGGUCCAAAAAGCACGUGUGCUGUGCGAGGCGCUGAAGGUCAACACCUCGCUGGUGACGCUGGACCUGACUUCCUGGCCUGACCCCGACUUCCAAACACUGCGUGUUCCCCCCCCGACCGAGGACGCCAUGAUGGCGCUGCUCGGUGCGCUGGAGGUCAACACGACGCUGCGCUGGGUGAGGGUGGAGCGAAACCCAGGCACGCAGGAGCCCUCCCCUGUGGUGAGGGACGCCCUGGCGCGUGUUCACGCGCACGUGGCGCUGUGA